UGUUCGAUUGCAUGAAUCACUUCAUUUAGUCAUUGAUGCAGUAAACCAAAUCCGAAGCAACGCCUUGAAUACGCGGUUAUUUUCGCAGUUGUGUGAAGAAAAUGACGAACACUUUCAUCAAUUACUCAUUCACACUAAAGUACGCUGGCUGUCGAAAGGCUUAUGUUUGGCAAGAUUUUUUGCACUUUUUGAGACUAUUUUAGAAUUUCUGGAUACUAAAGAUAAAAUUUUAAAAGAAAAUUUAAUGAAGAGGAAAACAGACAUCGCCUAUUUAACAGAUUUGUUUACAAAAUUUAUGAUGGUUAAUUUGCAACUACAAGGCGACAGUUUAAAUUUGAUUAAAACACAGUCCAUCUUAUCAGCGUUUAUUGGCAGAGUUAAACUAAUGAAGCAAAAUAUUGGGAAUUUUCUCAGUUCCCCAAUUUGUCACAGACAAGCUGCCAGGAAGACGACGUUUCAACUUACGUUCAACAUUUAAAUGCCCUCUAUUCAGAUUUUGAAUCUGGGUUUGAGGAUAUUUUGACUAUGGUAAUACCACCGUGGAUAAUUAAUCCAUAUAGUGACAUAGAAGAAACGAAUGUCAUAAUACAAGAGGAACUGACUGAACUAAGUACAAACGAAGAACUUAAGGUUCAGUUUAAAAACGGAUAUCAGCAAUUCUGGCUGCAAAACAACAUACCCGUUACUUAUCCCAUCUCAAUGAAGAAAAAACGCAUACCUCGACUGCAUCGAGUAAAUCGUAUACAGAUCACAUUGACUUUUGUGCCUUUCAACAUGUUGUCAUUCAUAGAUCCAAACCUUUGGAUCACCUACAAUCAGAUACCUCCAACAUAA